AUGACCAGGCAACCUUCGGAGAGUUUCCACGAUGGAGGUACCUGUACCGUCAGUCCCAACCUUGAUAGGGGGGAAGACCCAUUACCAGAAGCUACAUGUACUGUUUCAAGCACAGAACAGCAAACAACUCCAAGCGCUAGUAUUAUUCAAACCGCUACAUGUACUGCAGACGAUUGGGAAUCCAACCCAAAACACAAUACAUCAUCACAGAAGCAACACCAGGAUGAAACCAAAAAUACACAAGAUGAUGCCAAACGAAGACAAUUUUGGAUUUGGGGACUGGGGCUUAUUUUGUUGGUGAUUAUCAUCAUUGUCAUUGCCAUUAUUGCGGGGGUUGAGGGUGGCACAAACGACAAAAAAGACGAGGACAAUCAAGAGACGCCUCCACCACCCACUACCGGUAUUACCGAUCCAUCCUCUCCUCAGGCACGAACCCAACAAUGGCUCGAUGGCUAUCCCAAUUAUGCCAGUCUCCCGAAAUGGAGACGGGAUCAACUACGAGGAUUGGCCCUGUUUUAUUAUUCCUUUCAUGGUGACACGUGGCCCGGACCCAAAUGGACCUCCAAGCAAACACCCUGGCUGGAUUACUCCAGCGACGACGUCGAGUGCAUUUGGUACUCGGCAUCCUUUGCGCAUUCCAAUUGCAAUCAUCUCGGACAAUUCACAUCCCUCGUGUUGAAAGAUUUAAAGCUGGCUAAUCAUCAUCAGGAGGAGGAGGAGGUUACGAUUCCUACCGAAAUGCUUUGGUGGUUGGCUUUGAACGACAAUCAACUGUCGUCGGCAAUCCCAACAGAGUUGGGAAAUCUAAGCGGUCUGCAAAUUCUGUCCUUGCAGAGCAACCAUCUAAUUUCGGGGACCAUUCCAGUGGAGCUUGGAAAUGCCACAAAAUUGGCCGAACUGGAACUUUCCAAUCUACCAAUGCUGACCGGAACAAUUCCACCCGAUCUAUGGACGCAACUAUCUUCGUUGAAUCUAGAGGGCAGUGUGGGUGUGACGGGUACAAUUCCAACUAGCUCUUGCGAGCGAGUACGAUUUGACUGUUCCAAUGCUCUUUGUGGCUGCGAUUGUCCGUGUUCUGCAGCAUAG